UUCCUCGAGCUCGCCUUGUCUUGGUGAGUGUGCUUGCUGCUGCUUGCAGCCAAGGAGUCUAGUUCUGGUGAUCGGCAAACCUGUUCCUAGGCUCUUCGUCUCUCAUUUGACCCCGGCUCGGUACCAUUUGUUGGUCGUUCGCAGCGUCGGUUGAAACUAGUUGCAUCCUUUCUGAAAUCAUACCGCUCAGAACGUCCCAUAGCUUUCGCGGAGCCUUCUCGCCUACUGAGCCUCCGGAGUAAUGAUGGGAAUGGCGGCAGCCGGAAUGCAGGCUCCGCUUGCUGCGCGGGUCCUAGACGUCCGUAGCGAAGACCUUACGUCCUCCUCUCGCAAGUGGGGAGUAGUUUCGGGACUCGCUCCUUCUCUCAGACGGACUACCACUGGUCGUCUCAAUUUCGCGUCCUCGAUCGCUGGUACUCCCUUGAAUCUCGGCGAUCGUGCUCGGGUUUCGCCCGGCUGUGCGGGUAUCCGAGCGAGUUCGCGAGCUCCGCUUUCGCUGCGUGCAGCGGUCGCGACGGACGAGCCAGUGACACUCAGCCAGACGUACUCGCUUGAAGAUGGCUCCAAGCUCGAGGUCUUCGCCAUGGGAUCGACGGACCAGUCGCGCGCGCACGUGGUUCUUGAACUGCACGGCGGGCCGCUGGUGAACGCGGAGCUGAUCGCGCACUGGGGGGCCAUCCGCCGCGGGACCAGCGGGUGGACCCUCCCUGGGCUUCAGCCUGACGGCACGAGGCCGUACAAGAACCGCGCGCUUCAGUCACCCUUCACUAAGGUUGGAGACCGCCUGAAGCUCAAGAUCGAGGUGGUGGACGCGGAGUACUCUGCAGUGGAGUUCACACUCAAGGACGACGCCACCAACGCCUGGUUCAAGUGCCAUGGGACCAACUUCCAUGUGGACAUCCCCAAGUCCCGGGCGCGCGUCGACCCGGCCACCAUCGUGAUCCCCGAGGAGCUGGUUCGCGUGCAGGCGUUCCUGCGGUGGGAGCGCAACGGCAAGCAGCACUACUCGCAGGAGAAGGAGAAGGAGGAGUACGAGUUGGCGCGACUGGACCUCCAAAAGGAGGUGGCUGGAGGCGCAACCAUGCAAGCCCUGGAAGAGAGGCUGCUGGGCGGAGGCAGCAUCUUCAGACGCUCAGACGACCGGCAGCAGCAGCCACCGCCCCCACCCCCCCAGCGGCAACAGCAGCAGCAACAGCAGCAGCAGCAGCCGCCUGUAGAGCCGAUCCCGAACGAUCUGAUCGCGAUCCAGGCGUACGUGCGGUGGGAGAGAGCCGGGAAGCCGCAGUACGACGAGCAGAAGCAGCAGGAGGAGUUUGUCGAGGCGAAGCGAGAGCUGGAAGAGGAGGUUCGGCGGGGCACCUCGGUACUGGACAUCAGGAAGAGGCUCACAGGAGGGAGUGAGGCUACGGCCCCGCCGCCCCCUCCCCCCCGCCCGCAACCCAGUGUUUGGAAGAUCGAGAGGAAGCAGUGGGGGUAUGAUGAUCUGAUUAGCAAGGCUGGGAGGAAGGGGAGGAAGGGGCAUGGGGAUGGGGCGGCGGUGGCAGAGGCACCAGCGGUAGCAGCAGCUGCGCCGGCUGCAGCUGACGCUGCGGCUGCGGCGGAUUCUUUGGAGCUGGCUGCGCAGAUCAUUGCCGGGGCUGGACUGGGGGAGGUGCUUCUGAAGAAGUACUACCGGCUGAAUGAGAAGAAGCUACUGGUGAUGCUGAUGGAGUGCGACGGCGAGCUCAAGUUGCGCGUGGCGUCGGAUUAUCCGGAACCUCUUGUGCUCCACUGGGGGCUGUCCAAGGGGCGCAGCAGGAGCUGGCAGACCCCUCCACCCGGCAUUGCUGGCUCCUCCACUCGCUUUGAGAGGGCGUGUGAGACGGAGUUCACUCAAGGCUUCGCAGGGGAGCCGUCUCUGCAGUCCCUGCAGCUGGACCUGGCGGGAGUGGAGCAGGAGCUCCCAGGGAUGCCCUUUGUGGUGCGCGCGGGCGAGUGCUGGUUCAAGGACUAUGGCCGGGACUUCUUCCUCUCUCUCAACCGGAUCGACUACCAGCAGCCCAAGGAUGUCGGCGAUGGCCGAGGCGUGGCGAAGGCUGUGCUGGACGAGAUUGCUGACCUGGAGAGUGAGGCAGAGAAGUCGCUCAUGCACAGGUUCAAUCUCGGCACGCAGGUGCUGGACAAGGCCAAGUCGCAGGGCGAUCUGGGGUUGGCGGCGGUGUUUGUGUGGUUCCGGUACAUGGCGUCGCGGCAGCUGGUGUGGAACAAGAACUACAACGUGAAGCCACGUGAGAUCAGCGUGGCCCAGGAUCGCUUCACGACCGUCCUGGAGGAGAUCUUUCGAUCCUCACCGUCGCUUCGCGAGCUGACGCGCAUGAUCAUGAUGACAGUGGGGCGGGGCGGGCAGGGCGACGUCGGGCAGCGCAUCCGAGAUGAGAUCCUGGUGAUUCAGAGCAAGAACCAGUGCAAGGGGGGGAUGAUGGAGGAGUGGCACCAGAAGCUGCACAACAACACCAGCCCUGAUGACGUGGUCAUUUGCCAGGCCCUCAUUGAUUACCUGAACAGCGACUUCAACAUUGACGUCUAUUGGCGCACGCUCAACAGCAAUGGCGUCACGCACGAGCGCCUGCUCUCCUACGACCGCCCCAUCUGCUCCGAGCCUCGGUUCGUCGCGAGCCAGAAGGAGGGGCUGCUGAGAGACCUCGGGCACUACAUGAAGUCGCUCAAGGCCGUUCAUUCCGGAGCUGAUCUGGAGUCUGCCAUUGCGACGUGCAUGGGCUACAAGCAAGGCGCAAGGGCUGAUUUUAUGAAGUCUAUUGAGAUCCAUCCUAUCAAUGGCCUUUCCGGGAACCUUCCGAAUCUGCUUCAGUUUGUGUUGGAGCACGUGGAGGAUAGGCAGGUGGUCAACCUGGUGGAGGGCUUAGUGGAGGCCCGCAGGGAGCUGCGCCCUACACUGCUGCGGCACGGGCAGGAGCGGCUGAAGGAUCUGGUGUUCCUGGACCUGGCGCUGGACUCGACUGCUCGCACGGCCAUAGAGAGGGGCAUGGGCGACGCCAAGAACGCAGGGGAGAUCAUGUACCUGGUAACUCUGCUGGUGGAGAAUCUCUGCCUCUCUAUUGACGACAACGAAGAACUCGUCUUCUGCCUCAAGGAGUGGCGCCACGUGCUGGAUUCGAUGAAUCAGGACAACCAGUGGGCCCUCCGCGCCAAGGCUGUCCUCGACCGCACACGGCUCAUUCUGCAGGGCAAGGCGGAGCAGCAGCUGGCGCUCUUCCAGCCGGCGGCUGUCUACCUGGGGGCGAGGGUGGGGGUGGAGCAGUGGGCGGUGGACAUCUUCACUGAGGAGGUCAUCAGAGCAGGCUCUGCUGCGGCCCUUUCCCAGCUGCUCAACCGGCUCGACCCGCAGAUCCGACAGGCCGCUGACCUGGGCAGCUGGCAAGUGAUCAGCCCUGCGGAUGUGCGAGGGUGGGUGGAGGUGGUGGACGAGUUGGCCGAGGUGCAAGAGAGGACGUACGAGCGGCCGACGGUGCUGGUGGCGCGGAGAGUGAAGGGCGAGGAGGAAAUCCCGGCUGGGGUGGUGGCGCUGCUCACCCCUGACAUGCCUGAUGUGCUCUCACACGUGUCUGUGCGCGCAAGAAACUGCAAGGUGUGCUUCGCCACGUGCUUCGACCCCCAGCUGCUGGACUCCAUCCGAGCGCUGCAGGGGAAGAGCACUCGUUGUGCGCCCAACACCUCGGGCUCGGAAGUCGUUGUCAGUGAGAUCGACCCCAAGCUCAUGUCUGGAGGAGAUGGAGCAGCAGCAGACCUGGCAGGGCCGCCUCCUGGUCUUCACAUCAAGAGGAAGCAGUUCGCUGGGCGAUACGCCGUCACCUCGAGUGAAUUCACACCAGAACUGGUGGGAGCCAAGUCGCGCAACAUAGCAGGGCUGCAGGGCAAGCUGCCCUCGUGGAUCCACCUGCCCACGUCCGUGGCUCUGCCCUUCGGGUCCUUCGAAACUGCCCUCGCCGACCCCAUCAACCAGAGCGUUGCAGCGGAGAUCAAGACUCUCAGUGCGGACCUGGAGAAGGGAGACGUCAGCAUGCUCCCCAACAUCCGCCGGGCCGUGCUGGGGCUUAAGCCGCCGCCGCAGCUGGUGUCAGACCUCAAGGACGCGAUGAAGAAGUCCAACAUGCCGUGGCCGGGGGACGAAGGGGAGGGGCGGUGGGAGAAAGCGUGGGGGGCGAUCACGCGGGUGUGGGCGUCCAAGUGGAACGAGAGGGCAUAUGUGAGCAUGCGCAAGGCACGGCUCGACUUCAACUCACUGUCAAUGGCGGUGCUCGUGCAGGAGAUUGUCAGGGCGGACUAUGCGUUUGUGGUGCACACGGAGAAUCCCUCCACGGGCGACAAGAACCAGAUCUACGCCGAGGUGGUGAAGGGGCUGGGGGAGACCCUGGUGGGUGCCUUUGCUGGCCGGGCACUGAGCUUCAGCGCUGACAAGGGGCACACGGACAGACCCAAGGUCCUUGGCUUCCCCUCAAAGCGCGUGGGUCUCUUCAUCCGUUCGUCCAUCAUCUUCCGAUCCGACUCCAACGGGGAGGACCUGGAGGGCUACGCAGGAGCAGGGUUGUAUGACAGUGUACCGAUGGAUGAAGAAGAGGAGAGAGUUGUGGACUAUUCCUCAGACCCUCUAGUGGUUGACGCAGGGUUUCAGCACUCUGUCCUCUCUAAGAUCGCAUCUGCUGGCGAGGCUAUAGAGCAGCUGCUGGGCUCUGCGCAGGAUAUUGAAGGCGUCAUCAAGGAUGGGAAGCUGUAUGUUGUGCAAACGAGGCCGCAAAUGUGAUGGUAAUGAUUUAAUAUCUGCACAAUUUAUCUAGUACAGGCAGAUGGUACAUGUAUGGGCUCAUAUGAUGCCAGACGAUUGGUCAUUAUUAUGUAUCGUAGUUCUUAAUGGUUGUUAAAAUUUCCGGGCUUGCACUAGUCAGAUGUA